AUGGCGCCCUCCUUCCCCCUGACCCCGGGGAACUCCCUCGACCGCUCUACCGCCCCUCCUAUCCCUCCUCACCCCUUUAAACUCCAAAACCCCUCCGUCACCCUUCCCCCCAUCUCCGACCUCAUCCAAUACACCCCCUCACCUCUCCCGCGUUCGUCGGGCCCUGUUCCCACGGUCCUUCCUUUGCCGCGUCCUACCAACGCCGACCCCACUCUGCCCUCAAUCUCCUCUUUCCACUUUGACCCUCCUACCAAUCAUGACGCUUCCUACCCCGUCUCUUCUAGUCCGAGGGCCGUGCGGCUUCCCGCCUCUUCCCCCGCGCCUGGCCCCGCGCCGGUCCACCACUACGCCCAGCAGGCUGCUCCCGCUCCUGCCCCUGCCCCCGCCUACAUGCAAGGUCCCCCGCCUUUGGUUGGCGUGUCUUUUGCUGGCAUAGAAGGCGAAGACCCAAUAAAGUUCCUCGACCACGUAGAAACUGCCAUCGACGGCAACCCCUACUUCCAUCAGCUUCCGAGCGAGUGGACAACCCGUUGGGUGCGCAUGCACACUUCGGGCACGGCCAAGAAAUGGGCGGACAAGCAUUGCCACCUGUCGUGGGAGGAGUUCCGGGCACAGUUUCGCGCGCGCUUUGUUGUCGAGAAGAGCCAGCGCGAGCUCUGGCAGGAGUGGCGUGCCGUGCGCCGCGUACAACCAGGCUUUUCGUCUGGCGGCGGAGGAAUCCGAGUACCCUUUGGACUCGAAGAUGGCCCAGUCGUCCGACGAACGCGGUAG